CUUCUGAACACACGGGUCAAGGCGAAGCUGCUUCUCACACACAUUUUCAUUUUAUUUCACAUUACACAAGUAAGCGUGUGUGUGUGUUUGUUUCUAGUUGCUGUUUUCUGAGGACACCUGAACAUCCCUGAAAAGCUGCGUGAUGGCGUGCGCUAAUUUUGCGAUGGACGUGAUCGAGGGCUCCUCUGGGAGACGUGACGGUGAGGGUGAUGAGGGUCUGCUGAUUAAACAUUACAGAGUCUCUGAGCUGAUUCCUUCCCCAAAACUUCCUCUGCACCGACUCCUAAAGAGAGAACCGGCUGUGUGGGCCGCUGUACAGAUCAGCAGUGGAGUGUUGAGUGUUGGAAUCGGCGUAAUGUUUGCUGCGUCCUUCGGAAUUGCUGACUUGUUACUCACCCUGUUCAGAGUCCCGAUCGUCAGCGGUGUCCUGUUCCUGUUUACUGGGGUUUUGUCCAUGUUGCUGUACAGACACCCGACGCUCCUACAGAUGUGUUUUCAAGCCAACAUCUUCUGUCUGGUCAUGGCUACGCUUGGAGCCGUGCUUCUGUGUGUGGAUUUAGGGGGAAAAAAGACUCACGUGAAAUCUAACGAUGAAAGCGGGAGUGAACUGUACCAUCAGGUGGAAUCCCUGGUGCUGUGUGUGACGUUGUUAGACAUGCUGAUCUCCUUCGUCCUAGUUCUCCUGAUUUGUGCAGAGAAACGGCGCCAGGAGAAGAAGUGACUCGCCCUCAGCUGGAACGCCGAGUCGUAACCCGGGCAGAGUCGAGUCUUUGGUCUUUUUUCACCUGAAUAUUUCUUCAUAAGGAGAACAGGAAGUACAGGAACUUGGCAUUUACAUGGAUUUCAUCUUCUAAAAUCUUUCCCCAAGAUGCUUGAAACCUACUGUACAAGCCGUAUGUCGUCUCGUCUUUUUCCUCACUCUGGCUGCGUAAAUGAAUACAAAUGUAAUUUCAAUCAUUUUAAAAACGUGUCACGAGUUCCUCACGAGUUCCUCACGAGUUUAACUCACUUUGCCCUUUUUUUUUCUUUAAAAACAAAUCAAUUUUACAUUUUGCUCCAUUUAAGAUAAAAUGAUGAGUCAUUUGGCUGAAAGAGUCGACUCUUGAUUUAGUGACUCGUUGAAAUGAAUCAUAAUUAGAUACAUUAUAUGGACAAACUUUUGUGGACACCUGAUGAUAAGAUUGCUGUGUUUUUUUUUUUAACAUCCCAUUCCACAUUCCACAUUUAGUCUCCAUUUAGACUCUGGAAAGAUGUUCCACUAAAUUUUGGAGUGUGCUUGUGGAGCCAGAUAGUGAUGUAGUUGAGAAGUUGAGGAGGUUCCUGCGGUGCAGUUAGUGUUUACAUUCACUCAUGUUCAAUAGGGUUAGAGCUCUAUCGCAGGAGAUCUUCCACUCCAACCCAUGGAAAGCAGAUCUUCAUGGAGGUAGCUUUGUGCACAUGGGGCUUCAUCAUGAUGGAAGAGGUUUAUGUCUUCUAGUUUAAAAGUGAAGGCAAAAUAUCAUGUUAACACCUCCAGAGACGUCGAUACAAUUUUAAAAACCGACAUGUCUGGAAAAAUCAGGUGUCCCAAUACUUUUGUCUAUAUAGUGUAUAUAAACCAGUGUGUGUGUUGUGUUGUUAUAGUAAAAUACUCAGUGAUGCAGCGCGGUGUGAAUUACUGUCAUCCUGAUUAUUUUCCUAGAGAAGCAUAAACAGGGUUUAAUUCCGUUUUACAGAAAUUACAGUUUAAUUACUUUAUUCAUCAAAAUGUACUUUUAAAAAGUCGUCCUUUUGUUUCCAUAGAAAGUUGAUUGUUUUAGUUAAAGUUGCAGUACAAUGUCCUCGAAGCUCUGCGCGUUCCAAUUCUCGCAAACAUCAUCAACUCUAAAAACAGUCAUCCGUGGGAGCUGAUGUGGCACCUAUAAUGUGUGAAAAAUUUUCACACCCCACGCUUCUGCUUUUUAGUUCCUAAACUGGAACUCUGGUGUUUUAUACACACCCCCGGGUUUAUUCAGCGGCUAGAAAAGAUCAUUACAUUUAAUAACCUUCACCACCAACCCCGAUGUGAAUCACGACUGCUUUACGGCUAUCAGUGGGAUCGAUGAUCAAUGUGUCUGAAUAUUAUUAUUAAUAAAAAAUAAAACACGCAGGAGAAUUACGGGUACCACAGAUCAUCAUCUCAUGCCUUUCUACUCACUUUAUAAACCAGAAGACUGAAUAUAUAUAUUUUAAGACUAUGAAUAGUUUCAUAAUCAUUUAAUAUUAAUGCUAAAAUUUAAUAUUUAAUAUUAACAUUAUUUCAUUGUAUUUGUCCGUUGAAUUAAUUCAUAUACAGCGAUUUUGUCCAGUGUUUGUUCAUUAUCUCAGUCAUUAGUGUUUUAUUAUUUUUAGCGUAUUAACCGCUGGUUUUGAGCUUCUGCUUUUGCGCUCUCGCUGAUCUCACAGUCUGCAGUCGGCGCGAGCGAAGAGAGAAGUGCGAGUCGUGACAAACUAAACAUAAAACAAAAAAGAAAGCUCUUCGGAAUCGGUUUCGAAAUAAAGAAAUGUUGCAUGACACAGAAACGCUUGAGAAAUUAUUUUAUUAGCAGUGCCGGCUCUAUAAAAUAAUACGGGCGCUAACGAGGAGACAAUUCUGUACAAAAGACGCUUACAUACAUAAAAAAAUAAUAAUUGUGCUUUUUUUUUUGAAGA